AGGGAAUUGAUCUAGCCCACUUAGAUUAAGUAAGUAAUUAAAGGAUAUAAUAAUGGGUGUUAAAGGUCUUAAUCAAUUAGUCAAGGAGCACUCUCCAAAUGCCUAUAAAGAAUUUCAAUUGAAGAAUCUUUUUGGACGGAAGGUAGCCAUUGAUGCUUCUAUGUGUUUAUACCAGUUUUUAAUUUCUGUCAGGCAAUCGGAUGGCCAACAAUUAACUAAUGAAGCCGGGGAAACAACCUCUCAUUUAUCGGGGAUGUUCUAUCGAACUAUCCGUUUGGUUGAGAAUGGUAUAAAGCCGGUUUAUGUUUUCGAUGGAAAACCACCAGUGUUGAAGGGUGGAGAGUUAGAGAAGAGAAUGUUGAAGAAACAGGAGGCUUUGAAACAGAUUGAAGAUUUGAAAGAAACUGGUACUGCUGAAGAAUUGAUGAAGUUUGAAAAAAGAACAGUUAGAGCAUCAAAAGAACAAAAUGAAGAAGCUAAAAAAUUGUUAGAAUUAAUGGGUAUUCCUUAUGUUGAAGCACCAUGUGAAGCUGAAGCACAAUGUGCUGAAUUGGCCCGUGGUGGGAAAGUAUUUGCAGCAGCAUCUGAAGAUAUGGAUACUUUAUGUUACGAGCCUCCUUAUUUGUUGAGACAUUUAACAUUUGCAGAAGCUAGAAAAAUGCCAAUUGAUGAGAUCCAAUAUGCCACUGCUUUGGAAGGAUUGGGUUUGGACAAAUCAACGUUCAUUGACUUGUGUAUUUUAUUGGGGUGUGAUUAUUGUGAAACCAUAAAAGGGGUGGGACCAGUUACUGCAUUUAAGUUAAUAAAAGAACAUGGUUCAUUAGAUAAUAUAGUUAAAUGGAUUGAAGAAAACCCGGAUAAGACUAAAUAUAGAGUUCCAGAAAACUGGCCAUAUAAUGAAGCUAAAGAGUUAUUCAUGAACCCUGAUGUUUUGAAAGCAGAUGAAGUUAGUUUAAAAUGGAAAGAGCCUAAUGUAGAAGGGUUAGUUCAGUUUAUGGUUGAUGAUAAGGGUUUUAGUGAUGAAAGAAUAAAGUCAGGGGCCGAAAAAUUGAAGAAAGGUUUAAAAUCUGGUGUUCAAGGUAGACUUGAUGGAUUCUUCAGUGUUGUUAAAAAGCCUGAGUCACCAAACGAUAAGAAGAGAAAACAAGCUAACGAAAAGGGUAAAGGAAAAGGAAAGGCUGCCAAGAAGACCAAACGUUAGUUUAGUUUAUUUAAUUGUAUAUUAGUAUUCUACGAAAUAAUUUUAAUUACGG